UAUUGGUUUCGCCCAAUCUGGUAGGAGGCCUGAGGUUAACCCGCGAACGGAAGCAACGUAGGGUCAACAAUUGAGACGUUGUAGAGAUAUUUGGAGACCUCUUUGGUGUCUAUUCAAGUACGAAAUGACUCAGGGAAUAAGAGAGGAGAAUAUAGAGGUGACGUGACGCCAGGUGGACUGAAGAAACAUGUGCCAAAAACAGCUCAUCUUGCGCCUACUGUUGUGGGUGUCCGUGGCGUUAACAGGGAGGGCAGCGGGUGAUGGCAGUGGUGGGAGGAAGAUGGUGAUGGUGUUGGCUGUGGCGAGUUGGAUGGUGGGUGUGGUAGUGGGGAGGGAACCACUAACAUGCUGGGCGUGUUCUUCCAAGACCCACGGCUCCGACUGCUACGGCCUCGACCAUGAUAACUUCACAUUCCCUUCCUCACUUUCAAGGAACUGCACCCCGGACCAGACCUACUGCACGGUGCAGAGAAUCUGGUACGUGGUGGAGACAGGGGCGGAGGAGAUGGACUUUAGCGUUAAUCGGACGUGUGCCUCUGUGUGCAACCCCUCCUGCAUGGUGAUCGGUGACAGAACCAAGAUAUACUCGUGCACAUCUUGCUGCUCAGAGUCUUACUGCAACACAGGCAGUUCCGCAUCUUCCAGACACUCCGGCAGUACCCAGCUACUCUUGGCUGCCCUUCUUGCCGCCCUCACGCCCACACUAACCUCCGCCCUCAUACCUACAGUGACCUCCGCCCUUACGCCCACUUCAACCCCGACGGCGGCGCAGGUGAGCGGCCUGACUUCUCAGCCGGGUGGGCGUGGACGAUGUGACGCCCUGGUGCUUGGCUCCAUCCUCUUCAUCGUCGUGUUGGCUUCUUCCAGCGCUAGUCGCAACUUUUGAAAUCUCCAUAUUUUUACAAAACUACUUCUUUUUUACAAUAAUAUGGUAAUUUUUUUAUUGAAGUCAAUCACUGAUAACUAUUGCUGUUUCACUAUCAGUAUUAAGAAAUAUAUUUUAGUUGAAAUUCCAAAGAAACCAAUUAAAGAAUAUUUUGAAAUUAUAAGAAAAAGAUUGUUACUGGAUGAUGAUGCAUGUGAUAAUAGCGAAAGCAAAUAGUAAAUAGCUAAUUAGAUUUUGUCAAUGUACAAGGCCUUGCCUAGCCUAGUUUAUAGUUUCUGUUAAAUGGCUGCAGGUACAUUGGAUCUAGAGCGUUGACGCUACAUAUGGAAUGUAGCCUUAAAAUUCAACUCACCUGUUCUCCCACAAGGUGCAGGUGUCUUUGUGUCCAGAUUCCCUAUGAACUAUUAAUUACCCAAGUAGUCCUUACCUCAGACCCAAUAACUAGGUUAAUGGACGUUAUCUGCUAUGACAUGAUUUUCGCACAACUCAAAAUUUUAUUAAACAUGGCAGAUCAUCCCAGACUGCAGUGCUUUAUUUUCCUAUAAGAUGUCAUAGCAGGUUUGACCACUGAUCUCUGGAUUUGGCUCUGAAUCAGGCUUGUAUUUAAACAAUGUUAUAGGUAUUAUAUGUAUUAUAUGGGGUGCGUUGGCCGAAUGGAUACAGUGCUCGCUUCCUGUCCUUAGGGCCACUGGUCUGCACCCAGGGUAUCCCCCAGUUCACCCAGCUGUGAAUGGGUACCUAACUUUAUAGUUGGGGAAGUGAACUCAUUUGAGUGCAGUGCCGGUCACACUGUCUCCUCGUGUACCAAUAAAGGGCUUAGUAUACGGUGUGCUGUAUCCACACUCCCCCUUUUGGACCCAUCUUCACUUUCGUAGUAGGUAUUAUAUAAGUCAAACUAGGCACAAAGAUUGGGAUAAUUCUUCUGGUAGGAAUGCUUUUCCUAGUUAGAUCCCAUACAUAACUCGUGAAAAAUCCAUCUUUUUUUUCAAUAACAAAAUACGGUUAACUUGUUGUGGAGUAACCUCAGAAUCAUGAAUACACCUGUUAGGUUAACUGGAACUUUCAAAUGUUCACAAUCCAGUAAGAUGAGGUCUGAAGUUGUAUCAUUCUUUGAUUUUUGAAAAAAGUUUGUCUUUAUUUUUUUACCCAUUAUUAUUAUUAUUAUUAUUAUUAUUAUUAUUUUAUUUAUUUUUUAUUAUUUACCGAGAACUUUUAUCUAGGUUAUUUAUUUUAAUAAUAUAAAUUACUGACUUUAUUAGGAAAUUGCAAACGCUAUUAAGACUUUCAGGAAAUUUCUGAUAACUUACUAGACUGGACCACUAACUUUAUAACGGCAAACCUUAUUCUCUGGUCUCUUUAUGACGACAAAUUUUAUCAUUCAGCUUUAUUUCUAAUCACAAAUCUGCCAACAGUUUUUCUUUUUUAGAUUUUUUUUAUUAUGAUGUGUGCUGCAGGUGUUAACACUUACUUCUGACACACAUACAAGGUCGUCUCACAGUAUGACACCGUGGAUUAUUUGCUGAUUUUCAAACUUAGAUAUUUAUAAGUUUACAUCUAUGGUGUUGUUAAUGUUAUAUGAUAAUCAGACAGUUUGUUAACACUCUCGAAGUCCUUUGUGACCAUAAAAUUUGGAAGUAAAUAAUCCUGGUGCUCGGAUGAUUGAAUUAUUUUGAAGGUUAAACUAUGCUAAGUCGAGAUAUUAAGUAAACUAAAUUAAUUAACCAGGAAGCUUAAAUACUUUAAUAACGCAACUAACAGCACUAACACGAUUAUAAUUAAAUAAUCUGAACUUGGUAAUCUGAUAACUAGAUUAAAUAAUUAUAUUAAUUUCAAAAUCAGAAUAAUCUAAGUACUUAGUUAUUGUGCUAACCUGGAUUAUAUAAUAACCUAGCUAAUAAAUAAGUUGCUUCCCAAGAUUAGACUACAGUCAUCAGGUUGAUAGACAUAUCAUGGUGUAUCCAUAAUUCUACUCACUCGGUAGUGGAGUGGUUAGUAUUUAAAUAAUCCGCUAGCCUGAAUAAUCUAAUAGUGUAGCUAAUCAAUAAUUAGCUUCCCAAGAUUUAAAUAAUCAGGUUGAUAGACAUAUCAUGGUGUAUCAAUAAUUCUGUUCACUCGGUAGUAGAGUGGUUAGGCCCAGGUUCAAUCCCUGGUAACGCCAAUGUGGCUUCCUGUCACAGCUCUGUCUAACGGUUGAGCAGAAAAAACCUGACCCACUAAGUACCCCCACAGUACACCAAGCUGACAGACUUCCAGCCUAACAGGAGGAACCCUCCCCUCCAUGUGAGGAAGGUGUUACAUGAUAUAUAUCCAUAAUUCUAUGCACGGGAUGCGCGAGUUCAGAAACCCAGUGUUUGAGGUUACUGAGGUAAACUAUGCGUGUGGUGUGAUCUUGUUAGACGAUAACACAGAUAUCGUUAAUGGUCAUUGGUCGCGAGCGUAAGUUUCCUGGUACUUUCUCUGUUGGUUGGGCAUCUUGAUGCUUGUUGAUCAAGAAUUAUACCUGGAAGGUGCUUGAGUGAAAUGUUCACCAGAACUAUUAUGUUCCUGCAGCAGUUGUGUAGCGUAACCAUGAGGGCCCAGGAAGGUCAAUUACAACUGAUGAGAUAAUUAUGACAAGUGAUGGAUUUUAAAUAGUGAAAAGAAGGAUGAAUGAAACUGGGCAAGUUUAUGGGAAAAUAAUGUAAGGUAAAAGAUUUGUGUUUACACUGAUGCAUCUCGAGUUCUAGACAUUUUUUUUCAAGUAAACAUUAUAGGAAAACGAUGUGAACACACACAUACAGACACACAACUUAAAACUUAGAAAAUACGUGUUAAAGCUAGUUAUCCUGUUGAAGAUUGUAACGAUGAAAAUAUGUAUUCUUAUAAUCUAAUUAUACACUUAAAUUUGUACUGAAAAAAAAAAGAUUUAACACAGGAAGAGAGACUUUCAUAUAAUAUUAAAGUAAAGUUUGUUAAUGUUGUGUGCACUUAUAAAAGAGUGUCAGAGUGAGAGAGAGAGAGAGAGUAUUUCAGGAAAUAAUUGUCUUCAGUUGCAAGGAAAGAAAAUGUUAAACGGAUAGAAUAGAAAUACAGUAGAAAGUUUGCAAAGCGGUAGCAGGAGAGAGGAAAGGGCUUGUGUAAAUGGAUGGAAAGAAAUUAUGUUUAAAGCAGGUGUAUAGGAAGUGUUAAACAGGGUUAUAUAUAGGGAGACAGUUUAUAACGGGAUUUUAUAGGGAAAUAAAUGUGUAUAAAGGUCUUUUGAAGAAGAGCGGGGCAGAGGAAAGGGCUACAACACACAAGUUUGACUACUGUGAAGGUACAAGUGUAUGAGUACAAGACUACGGUGGUCAGCUACGCCUGAGACAGCAAUAAACACGUGUGUGCAGGUGUGGCAAGACGAGAAUAGUUCCGGUGCUUAAAGUUAUCCCUAAUUAUAUGAUUGUUAGUCUUGUAAGUAGUGUGUAAGUGUUUUACAUAUAUAUAUAUAUAUAUAUAUAUAUAUAUAUAUAUAUAUAUAUAUAUAUAUAUAUAUAUAUAUAUAUAUAUAUAUAUAUAUAUAUAUAUAUAUAUAUAUAUAUAUAUAUAUAUAUAUAUUAUAUGCGUAUUAUAUUCAUGUAUGAGAAAAACUAUUGUUGAAUUAUGUGAUGUUGAGGGAAGUAUAUAGCCUCACCAUUCGAUGUUGUGAAGGUUGGUGGCAAAUGAAUAAGUGAAAAUGAAAAAUAAAGCAUUUAUCUUUAUUAUUUUUAAGCCAGUUCCUCCCCUUUCUCGUCUUCCAGUCAUUAUCUUAGUUUAAGGCCAGUUUCCGGUUGUCCCAUAUUUGUCAUUUAAUCAUUAAUUUUAGGCCAGUUUUCCACUGGUCUGAUCUGCAUUACUGGGUCUUAGGUAGAUUUCUCCUCGUCUUUUCUUCAUGAGGCGGCGAAACACGGACACUUGUACCGGCAAGUUUCACUUUCGGCUACCACUAGCGCCUGUGGCUUAAGCAACAAUUUUCAAGAAGUGUGCUCACGGCGGGAGUACUAUUGUCGCUGGAACCGCAGUGGAGUGGCUGGAGCCAAACCAAAACAACAAAAAGAUGCCUUUGAAAACUUGGACGAUGAAUUCUUAGCUCUUACAAUUAUUGGUUUGUAUUAUGUUUAAUAUAAACGUGAGAAGAAAUGCUUGUGGAAUCGUUUCUGGCUAGCGAGAAGGGAGAAAGAUUGGUCUAAACUGCAGAGACUAAACUAACAGUUUCUAUAUUUUGGGGAUAAAUUUCCUACCUGUGUAUAUAAUUUAAAAUACCAUAUGAUUGUUUUGUAUUUUCAAUGUGGAGCUAAAGAUAAAUGCUAGUAUACGGUCAGGGAGGAGUGAACAAUUGAUUCAGAUUAAUUAUAUAAUUUUUUAUCUGUAUACAGUAUAUUAUAACUAGCUGGGCGAUAAUUGUUUAUUGCACAAUCUCUUUUUAACUUUUAAUAUUAUACAAUACCGGCUUUUUUUUUAUUCCGGAGAAUUGCCGGUACCUGCGAUUUUUAGACCAACAGGUCGGGCUGGAGAAAUCAGCCGGUAGCAGAUGAAACUCCAGCCACUCGUCCCUGAAAACUAGCCGCUAGUACUAACCGAAAGCGAAAAUUGCAGGUGUAAGUGCCCAUGUGACGCCUGCUAAGUCUUAGGUCAGUUUCCUUUCAUGUUAUGUUAUUUAUAUUAGUUUUAGAUCAGUUUCCCUUCUCCUGACUUGGAGUCAUAGAAUGUGCCAAACAAGUAACUCUAUAUGUAGACAAAUAAUUUUGAUUAAUCCUGUAUCGUACAAGUAAUUAUUUUAACAGUUUAAGCGUAUUGAAGGUCUAUAAUUAUAUUUUAUGAGGUGGUGUUAGGAUGAAGAAAAUACCGCCAUCGUGUGCAUCUCUGCCGUGCUGUAGUUCCCUGCUCGCCUGUACUGGAUGUCUUUCAUUAAACAUACUCGGCAGAGAA